AUGCUGCUCUUUGUGUUGUNGUUCCUUCAGCUUACCUAUGGACCUUUCAGUUCCAUCAUCAAUGAUAUUGAACAAUAUCCCUAUGUCUAUCAGAUGGCCCCAAAGGACACAUGUCUAGCAUUGGCAAUGGUCUACUUCAUACUUUAUUUCCACUGGAACUGGGUCGGCCUUAUCAUCUCUGAUGAUGAUGAAGGCUAUCAGUUUCUGUCACAGUUGAAAAAAGAGAGCAAAGGCAAGGAAAUUUGCUUUGCCUUUGUAAAAGUGAUAGGAAUCUCUAAGAUUUUCACCUAUGCCACAACUGAAAUGAACUACAACCAAAUUAUGAUGUCAUCCACAAAUGUUAUUAUUAUUUAUGGGGAAACAAGCAAUUUUAAAUUGAGCUUCAGAAUAUGGGAUUCUCCAGUUAUACAGAGAAUAUGGGUCACCACAAUACAACAUAAUUUCCCUACUAGUAAGAAAGACUUAACUCAUGGCCCAUUCUAUGGGACUUUUACUUUUCUACCCCACCAUGGUGAGAUUUCUGGCUAUAAAAAGUUUAUACAAACAUUGNUCCAUCUCAAAAGCAAAGAUUUAAACCUAGAAAUUCGAAAGUGGAAGUACUUUAACUGUGAAGAUUCAGCAUGUAACUGUAAAAUACUGAUGAAUUUUUCAUCAAAUGCUAUAUUGGAUUGGCUAAUACAACAGAAGUUUGACAUAACCUUAAGUGUUGGUAGCCAAAACAUAUCUGUGUAUGCCAUGGCCCAUGCAUUCCAUGAGACAAAUCUUCAAUCAGUUGAUAAUCAGGCAAUAGAAAAUGGGAAAAUAUCCAGGUAUCCCUGCUUUAAGGAAUUGUUUCCAUUACUUUCUCCAGUGAACUUUACUAAUCCACUUGGGGACAAAGUAAUUAUGAAACAGAGAGUGAUACUGCAGGAAGACUAUGACAUUUUUCACUUUUGGAAUCUCUCACAACACCUUGGGGUUAAGGUGAAGUUAGGAAAGUUCAGUCCAUAUUUUCCANAUGGUGAACACUUUCACUUAUAUGUAGACAUGUUUGAGUUNGCUACAGCAAGGAGAAAGAUGCCAUCCUCUGUGUGCAGUGUAGAUUGUGGUCCUGGAUUCAGAAGAUCCUGGAAGGAGAGAGUGGCAGCCUGCUGUUUCAUUUGCAGCGUCUGCCCUGAAAAUGAAAUUUCUAAUGAUACAGUUAUGGAUCACUGUGUGAAAUGUCCAGAAUACCAGUAUGCCAACAAGGAAAAGAACAAAUGCAUUCAGAAACUGGUAUUUCUAAGUUAUGAAGACCCCUUGGGGAUGGCUCUUGCCUUAAUGGCCUUUUGCUUCUCUGAACUCACAGCUCUAGUACUUUGGGCCUUUGUGAAGCAUCAUGACACUCCUAUUGUGAAGGCCAAUAACAGAAUCCUCAGCUACCUAUUACUCAUGUCACUCAUGUUCUGUUUUCUGUGCUCCUUUUUCUUCAUUGGACAUCCUAACAGAACCACCUGUGUCUUACAGCAAAUCACAAUUAGAAUUGUAUUCACUGUGGCUGUUUCCACAGUUCUGGCCAAAAAAAUCAUUGUAAUUCUGGUUUUUAAAUUCACAGACCCAAGAAGAAGGUUGAGAAACAUCUUGCUAUAAGGGGCAACCAAUUGCAUUAUUCCCAUAUGUUCCCUAUUUCAAUGUAUUCUGUGUGCAAUCUGGCUAGCAGUUUCUCCUCCAUUUGUUGAUAUUGAUGUACGUUCUGAGCAUGGAAACAUUAUCCUUAUAUGUAACAAGGGCUCAGUUACUGCAUUCUACUGUGUACUAGGAUACUUGGCCUGCCUGGCACUUGGAAGCUUCACUGUGGCUUUCUUGGCAAGGAAUCUACCUGACAGAUUCAAUGAAGCCAAGUUCCUGACCUUCAGAAUGCUAGUGUUCUUCAGUUUCUGGGUCACCUUCCUCCCUGUCUACCAUAGCACCAAGGGCAAGGUCAUGGUUGCUGUAGAGAUUUUCUCCAUCCUGGUAUCGAGUGCAGGGAUUCUUGGUUGUAUCUUUGCACCCAAGAUCUACAUCAUUUUCAUGAGACUUGAGAGAAAUUCUGUCCAAAAAACAGGGGUAAAUCACAUUCCUGAAUAA